AUGGACAAGGAGAGGCUGAAAGCGCAGGCAGACGAGCUGCAGGGCGUCGUCGACCGGCAGACGUUAGAGAUCAGGAGGAGGUAUAUGCUGAAUGAGGAGCUACUCGAGCUUCAGCGAAACCAUGAGGCGUUCAGAGAAAAGUUCAUUCUAUUCAGGGACGAGCUGGCGAACAGACGGGCGCAGCUGGAGGAAGGGAGGAGUGAGAAUGGUUUUCAUCGCCUCGAUGGACUGCGCUCUGUCGUCAGAGAUCUGGAGAGAAAGGCUGACGCGUUAUCAACGGAGAAGAAAGAUCUGGAGGCGAAGGUGGCGAGCCGUCAGGCAUACGAUCAGGAAAUCAGAAACGAGAUCCACGCCAAGGAAACCAUGAUCAGCGACUUUCGCACUAGGGUGGAGAAGCAGGCUGAGUUCAUCCGUUUUCAAACGGCCAAGGUGGCAGAGCUCGAGCAGCAUCUCGAGCAGCUCCGGGAGGCUCCUGAGGAGAGAAUUGAGGAGGGGAGAACGAGGGAUGAUGUGGGAGUAGUUGGGCCUUCGAGUCUUCAGUCAGAGAGCGACUACAGGGAGCGUGAGUUAGAAGCUGCCAUCUCCCACAAUGCGAGGUCGCUCGAGAUGCAGAAGAGCAAGAUCGCGGACUUGAGGAGCAUCCUGGAGGACGAGAGGAGGAAGGCCGAGCAACUGCGAGAAUCGCUCUCGAUUGCAAAGAGGAAUGUCCAGGACCUUCAGAUCAUGCUACAGGACACAAACGCGAGGAAAUCAGGCCACGACCUCCAGCAGACCCUCCACGAGAGUCAGAUCGAGCUCUCCGCGGAGAAAUCGAAGUUUGACACCCUCAACGCUGAGCUGCUGGACCGCAAGAGGGUCAUCCAGCAGCUCGAGUCAAAAGUCCGUCAAGUCAACCUUGACCUGGAGCACCAGCAACAGGCAAGAUUGCAUUCGAAUUCUACUUGA